AUGAAGAUUCAGAAACUGUGCUUUUUCGGUAGAUCGUUUUGCCGAGAAUUUAAAUCAUUUGCUCUACAAGGUAACGUAUUUGAUUUGGCUAUUGGCAUCAUUAUUGGUACUGCCUUUACUAAUGUUGUCAAGUCGCUUGUCGAAGAUAUUAUCACUCCCCCAUUCGGGUUCCUCUUGGGCGGAGUUGAUUUCGCUAAUCUAACAAUUAAAAUGCGCAAUUUUAUCUAUACUGACCAACCACCCGUGGUAAUACGCUAUGGAAAAUUUAUUCAAGAGAUUCUCUAUUUAUUAAUCAUGGCGUUGGUGCUGUUCUUUAUUGUAAAAGGCAUCAAUAAGAUUCAUGAUCUCACAAAGAAACGGUUAAUGGAGGAGGGAAGUAAAAAAGCGAAAGAAUUAAGUGACGAAGUGAAAGUUUUAACCGAAAUACGGGAUUUAUUGGCAAAGCAAAAUCCACAGAUUGAAGAAAUCAUGUUAUGA